AUGGCCCCGAAACGCACCAGACAACAGCGUGCACAAGGCGACAAGGUCAAGCGCUCUGCUCUUCGCCGCAGAUUUGGUGGACUUGAUAUCGACGAGCAAGCCAAUACAUCAUCUGUUGCCGAGACCACUGAAGAACCUACCGAAGCUCCAACUGCUACUCCUGACAUACACCCAAGUCAUGGCCCAACCACCAUUGAGAUCUCCAAAUUCCCUCUUGUCGAGAAAUGGGAGCGUAUUGAAGAAGCAGAGCGCAAGCAAAUUGCUCAGCGACAUGCAACACGUACCGGUCCAUAUGGUUUCGAACCAGACUAUCUCCCAGUUCAGAUCCACGCCGCAGUCCCUAUUCACGGCCGUUUCACACGAGAGAUCGAGUCAGACAUUGUCAAAUGUAACACGAUCGAAGCCAUCAAAGAUAUUGCCAAAACCAGUCUUCCCCUCGAGUUCCAGCGCUCAAACAUGAAACUCAAAGAAACCAAGUUCGCCGGCAUCAUGACUUACGGCCCAACCAACGUUUUCUCCACCAAAUCGAUCAGAAACGUCACUCGCGGACUCUUUCUGGAUGAGGAGGCAUACAAGAAGUGGUGGAUGACAGUCAACAUGAUGCCACGCAAGGAAGGAGACAUGGUCAAGGUCGUUGUGGUGUUGUGGCACGAGUCCGAGGCAAAGGCCAAGGCCGUGCAGUUGCCGGACUUUUGGACGGAGGAGAACGCACGUGUUUUGGGCAACAUGUUCGAGAAGCUUGAUUGGCCAAUCUUCAUGAGCCAAUCAGAGUUGGAGGCAGGGUGCCGGGCAUAUGUGAAGAUCCAGGAGCAAUUGCAGGAGGCCAGGAACGAUGCCAUCCUGGCAGGCGCCUGGAAGGAGGAGAGGAAGGCCCUGAAGGGCGAGGUUCGUCGCGCAGUCGUCGCCGCCGACAAGGUCACUGCCAAGUGUGACGCCAUCGUCGCGGCCUUCGAGAAAGGCGACAUGGCAGGGGUGGCUCGCCUGGCGGGCAAGUGGAGGAAGGCUGCUGCUGCCAAGGAGGUCGUCGCCGACGAGGUGGAGGAGGAGGUCGACGAUCCUUACGACGACGACUUCGUUCCCUGCCUCGGUCGACGACGCUGA